AUGGUGAAGCGGAGAUGUGGUGGAGGCGAGUACGAGCAAAGAGAAGACGGCGAUGGGGAAGGGGAGCAAAUGCCGAACCACCGGAGGCGGCGGCCGCCGGACAAAAUACAAAACCUGAGCUCAGUAGCUUUGAAAUCCCCACUAGAUUACAAGUUUCUCCUCUCGAUCGUUACAAUGGAUCAAAAACUUCCACUCUUCUUCAGAGUAAUGAACAUUCAAGGCUCUGAAACCAAACUUCACCUCCCACCCAUGAUCUCCAGGAAGCUUGUUGAACAAGGCCUAAAAGAAGUGUUGUUAACGAGCCAAAAGGGCAUCUGGGAAGUUGAAAUCCAUAGCUUUGAAGGAAAGCUCUGGUUCACAAAGGGGUGGGAUGAUUUUGUCCUGAGACAUGGCCUAUCUAAUAUACAUCUUAUACUGUUUAAACACACUGGCAACUCCAGUUUUAAAGUCAAGGUGUUGGAUUGGGUCUGUGGCUAUGAGAUAGAUUUCAAUGGAGACUCAAAAACUAAAAACAAGAGAGGAAAAACACAAGGAAAGAAUGCAGAAGACAUCAACAGAGUUUCUGUGAAACAGGAAGUGGACAUAGAUGAAGUGCCUUCCCCUGUGGAAAUUCAGAAACAUGAUCAUGCACAUGACAAGGAGGACACUAAAAGAAAACAAAAAAGUAAGGUUGAGAAUGUGUUUUCUACAGAACAUCCACAAUUUGUAACAAGUAUAAAGCAAUACAAUGUUCGACGUAGAUCUCCUUAUAUGCAUAUACCUGCUGACUUUUGUGUAGCUAAUGACCUGUAUAACAAUGGAAGAAUAUGCCUGAAAGGUCCAAGUAGUGAACAAGAAGUUAGCCUUAAAGUUUGCAAAGGUGGGAGGACUAUAUAUGCAAUCAUCACUAGGGGAUGGUCCUGAGUUCAUUGCAAGAAAUGAUCUGAAAGUAGGAGAGAUUUGCAUUUUCA